AUGUCUAGCAAAAGAUCAAAUGGCAGCAGGAGCAAUGGAAAUGAAGAUUUUAGCCUCAGAGUUAGAGAGCUUUCAUCAACUAACAAGAAGAAGAAAAGAAAUGAAGCUAAGCUUCUGGAUGAAACAUGCAAUCACAUUAAGAAGCUUAAUGGAGAGGUGGAUGAUUUAAGCAAUCGGAUAUCGGAGUUACUGAAUUCAUCGGAGGCCGAAAGCAGCAGUAAUGCAAACAUUCUUAGACAACUUCAACAAUAAUCACUGCAAUUUUUAUUCUUGCAUUUCACUACACUUAUAUUGCUUCAAGUAUUGUAAGAAUAUAUAUAUUAUAAGCAUUUCUGUCUUUGCAUCUGAGUUGUUCCGGGAUAUUGUUGACAUCCAAGAGAACAAGCAAAGGGUUACAUGUUUUGCUCUAAGGGAUUUUUGUUUUUGUUUUAUC